UCACCGCCCUCCCUCCCAUACUUCCGCUGUGGUGCGCUCGUCAAUCUGCGUGUCUUGCUCAAGCGGCAAAGCCGCGACUUUCCUCUCGCCUUUCCAACCAACUUGCUUCGUACCCACCAGUGAGUCUCUAUCGGUCCAUCGCCGCCUUUGUGCACCGACGUCCAUGUGAUGUUAUUCACAGGUAUUUCUUCGUACAGAUACCCAAGCUUGCCUGCCCUGCACUCUGUGUCUUUUCCUGCGGUCUCUUUUCGUUUGUUUAUUGGCCUCCCUGAUUUGAGUAGCAUUCUGAACGCAAGAUUGUUCACUCUGUUUCUCUGUCGUUUCCAGGAAUAACGUAGGUUCAGCUGUUCCUGUCGUAUUGCAGCUGAUCACUGAACCUGGUCCAAAGGCAGAGCCAUUUCCACCUUGUAUCUCAUCCUAUGGCUUCAACAGAUGACGUUUCCCGCAAGCGAGUAAAGUUGGAACGCUGCCCUCCAGGACAUGAUGGAAGGGAUGUUGCCCUCUCCGACUUGGCGGGCGCCCUCUUCGACAGAUACGUGAACGGGAAGGGAAUCGACGACUUGGAAGAGGCGGACACUUUGAACCGUGCUGCUUUGGAACUCCGACCAGACGAAAACGGCCAGUAUCAUCGGUCCUCGUCACUCAACAAUCUUGCUGUUUGUUUGUCAAUCAAAUACGACGAACAGGGGGUAGUUGAUGACUUAGAAGAAGCCAUUGCGCUCGGUCGCCAUGCGCUAGAGCUCCGUCCACCAGGGCAUGCUAAUCGUGGCGUGUCUCUCUUCAAUCUCGCUGACAAUCUCCGGAAGAGGUUCGAGAAACAGGCUUUGAUGCAUGACUUGAAUGAAGCAAUUGAGCUGCACCAUCAAGCUCUGGAACUAUAUCCCCCGGGACAUCUUGAUCGGUCUUCAUCGCUCCGUGAACUUGCGCUCUGCCUCUCAGAUAGAUAUGAAAAUCAAGGGGGAAUUGAUGACUUGGAAGAAGUCGUGACCCUCAGACGUGCACAACUAGAACUUUGCUUGCGAGGGCAUCCAAAUCACACCGCAUCUCUUCACAACCUUGCUUGUGAUCUCAGGAGGAGGUUCACAAAAAAGGCUGUGAUCAGCGACUUGGAAGAGGCAAUUGAGCUGCUCCGUCAAGCUGUGAAACUACGUCUCCCUGGACAUUUUGACAGGUCCUCGUCACUCUAUGAACUUGCUCUUUGCUUGUCGAAUCGAUAUGACAAGCAAGGGCUAGUUAACGACUUGGAGGAAGCCAUUACACUCGGCCGUGGAGUACUAGCGCUCCGUCUCCCAGGACAGGCUAAUCGUGGCGAAUCUCUUCACAGUCUCGCUCGUGACCUCAGGAAGAGGUUUGUGAAACUGGCUGCGAUACAGGACUUAGAGAAAGCGAUCGAACUGCACCGUGCAACUUUGGAAUUACGUCCGGCUGGACAUCCUAAUCGGUCGUUAUCGCUCCGAGACCUUGCUCCCUGUCUGUCGAAUAGGUACGACAAACUAGGGGUAAUCGAUGACUUACAAGAAGCCAUCUCGCUUGGACGCAUGGCACUGGAGCUCUGGCCUCCAGAGCACGCCGACCAUGGCGAAUCUCUCCACAAUCUUGCUUGCGACCUCAGAAGGAGGUUCGCGAAGGAGUUUGCGAUCUGCGACUUGCAAGAGGCGAUUGAGCUGUUUCGUCCGGCUUUGGAACUACGUCCCUCCGGACAUCCUGAUCGGUCCUCAUCGCUACAUGAGCUUUCUUUAUGCCUGUCGAAUAGGCAUGCUAUGUACGGAGUGGUCGAUGACUUGGAAGAAGCCAUCGCGCUCGGGCGUGCAGCACUAGAGCUCUGUCCAACAGGGCAUCCGAAUCGUGCUGUAGUACUUUACAACCUUGCGCGCAACCUCUGGAAGAUAUUCCAGAAACAGAUUAACAUGCCCGAGUUGCACGGGUCGAAUUUCCCUGAUCAGGCUGCGGCGGUGGUUUGUCCAACAAGCAGUGCUGAUGUCGCCUCUUCCCUUUUCGGGCUCUCAAUAGAUCUCUUGGGGCGGUUUCAGAAGCAGGCUGCAACGACUGACUUGGAUGACGCCAUUUCUCUUGCAACGUAUGCUUUGGAGCUUCGAUUAUCUGAUGAAGAUGUUUCCGUUGCAAGAUGGGUUCAGAGACUGGCCCAGGAUGCAGAUUCGGAUGAGCCCGUCACGCCUGCUCGGGUGGCAGACAAUCUAUGUGUCCUUGCGAAUUGCCAUAGGGCCAGAUAUCAAACCAAGCACGCAAUCGUCGACCUGAACGAGACCAUCACAUUAUACUGUUAUAUACUGCAGCUCCGCCCGGCUGGGCAUCCCGGUCGCGCUUCGUCCCUUCAUGACCUUGCACAGUGUCUUGCAGAACGGUUUCGUCGGGAACCCGCGGCCGCCGAUUUGGACCAGGUUAUUGCGUUUGAACAAGAAGCCUUGGAAUUACUUGUACGUGGAGAUCCGGAUUACGGCGCGUCUCGGUGCUGUCUUACGACCUACCUUCAAAUGAAGAUCAGUUCACAAGUUGCUAUGAUUUCCCCGGAUCCUUCAGGUGUUGGCCACUUCGACAUCGAGCAGAUCAUCCGUAAUGUUGCAUUCGAUACUCUCAAAACUGCUCCAAUUCGGCUGCUCCAUACGCCUACUGGUGUCCUGUGCAGCCGGGAUGCGCAGGUGUUGCAAUUUAUGCGCAGUCAACAGUGCAAACAAUUGUUAUCUCUGUGCACAGCAUGCGAUCGAGCUCAGCAGAUGGGUCUCAUCCAAACUAAUCUCUCCGAAUACUUCCAGUACGUCAUGCUUUCUCACCGCUGGGGUGACGGUGAGCCAUCAUCGCGCGACAUUGAGGGCUAUCCGAUAUAUGGCAUGUCACCACUUUGGGGCUUUGGCAAGCUCCAAGCCUUCUGUGCUGUUGCUUGCGAGCUGGAUUACUUAUGGGCGUGGAGCGACACGUGCUGCAUCGACAAACACAGCAGUGCCGAGGUUCAAGAAACGAUAGGAUCAAUGUUCGCAUGGUAUCGGCAGUCUGCCUUGACCAUCGUAUACCUUUCUGACGUUCCCGACACCGGUUCGUUUGGAAGCAGUGAAUGGUUUGGCCGUGUGUGGACGCUCCAAGAACUGCUGGCUCCCAAACGCAUCCUAUUCCACACCAAAAACUGGUCACUUUACAAGAACAUCUCGUCUUCGAAUCAUGAAACCGAUGUUGCUGUGCUGGAUGAGCUCGAACGGGCAGCUGGAAUAGAGUCCCGGUUCCUCACCAACUUUUUUCCAGGUUUGGAUGAUGCCCGUUCGAGACUCCAAUGGGCGUCCUUGCGUCGAACCACGCGGCCUGAGGAUAUCGCCUACUCACUUUUCGGGAUCUUUAAUCUUCACUUCCAGUUCUCCAAAAUCAUAUCGCGGUCGGGGGAUAUUUCGGUUCUGGAUUGGGUCGGCCAGGCAUCAUCGUUUCAUAGCUGUUUCCCUGCUCACAUCAGCUCGUAUCAAACGGUAUCAUUGCCUCCACCCCAACUUAACACAGAAGAACUAUCAUCGACGAUAAGUCAGGAGUUCUUGUCAUUCGAAGUACUGCGUUGCUUCACUAUGUCGCUCCUUCCUCGAUUUCUCGGUCGCCCUUCGACACCAUCAAGCACUGCCCCGACGAUCCGGCUACGAACUCCGGAUUCAUACGCACCAAGCAACGUGUAUGAUUUCAACUCAUUCACUAGAGCACCACUUCCGCGAUUCCGCAAUCGUUGCCUUAUUCUGCCAUGCAUCGCCCACCGUGUCACAGCGGUUCAACUGACAGGUGAAGAUCCAUCGACACCGAGUUACACGUACAAAAUCCACGCAUGCGGUUUGAGGCCAUUGGAGAUUGCACUUCCAGACAAGCUAGAAAGUGUGACAAUCUCUCAAGAUGCUCUGCAACUCGUUCGCCCCUGGCACUCGAAGGGUCAGUCUGCCGCAUUAGACGCCGCAAAUGAAGAAAAGCUACUCGUUACACUUGGAAAGCCGUUUAAAGGACUUCUGCUAACUGAGCUGCCUCACUCGCAGUACAAAAGGAUUGGGUCUUCUACUCUCAUUACUGCUCAGCCCGUAGACUCGAUCAGCAUUCUGAAGAGCAAAAUUCGGAUAUUCAAUAUUGUGUAGAUAACCACGACAUUAUCAUAUGGACUGAGAUUGGCACUCACUUUGUCACUCCUUUUCAUGCGUUGCCUCGCCUACUUCUUCCUUGCACUUUAAUCGAUAUUGGAAUGCUUGUUUCCUUGUGCAUAUACUACUCGUCACUUACUUGUUUUCUCUUCUCCUUCGUUCAGCCAUAUGUUGUAGGAGCGCAUGCAA